AAAUUACCAAAAUUACAUAUUUGACUUCUUUCGAAAAUAGCGGGAAUUUAAAUUCAAAUGCUACCAAGAGAUGUUGGAUAACCUUUACAUCAGCUCGUGUCGAAAGAUGGCUGCGCCCUGGUUACGUUUAGCCCUAAAGAUUUCGCCGAAAAAUCAAGUGAAUUAUUCUCGGUUUUACGCCAUUCUAUACGCUAAACGUUGUUUGACCACACGGACAACGAAUUCGCCUCAAAACAACAAGAAAGUAUUUGAAAAAAACGCUGAAAACGUCUUAACCUAUGCUGCAGUAUUAGCUACGACUAUAGGUUAUGCAUUUUAUAAAUGGAAAGACGAGAUUUUUGACAACUUUAAAAGCACAGUGUCACCUUUUCUGACUGUACAGGCGAAGGGAUUAUUUGGAGGUGAAGUUAACGAAAAUAGGGACAAAUAUAAUUUCAUAGCUGAUGUCGUCGAAGUGUGUGCACCUGCUGUGGUAUAUAUAGAAAUACAGGAUAAAAAGAGGUUAGAUAUUUUUACCGGCAAGCCGCUCACUACCAGCAAUGGAUCUGGAUUUAUUGUCAGUGAGGAUGGUUUGAUUUUGACGAAUGCACAUGUCGUUAUUAACAAACCAAACACAUUCGUCAAGGUAAAUGUACGUCUUCAAGAUGGCACCACCUAUCCGGGAAUUGUAGAGGACGUCGAUAUGCAGAGUGACCUUGCAACUGUGCGCAUCAGUAAGACAAAUUUACCAGUCAUGAAACUUGGAAGUUCUUCGAAUAUCAGACCCGGUGAAUUCGUAGUAGCUAUUGGUUCACCAUUAUCUUUGAGCAACACUAUAACGAGCGGAGUGGUGAGCAGCGUAAAUAGACAGAGUAAAGAACUUGGACUUAAUAAACAAAUGGGAUAUAUUCAAACGGAUGCAGCCAUUACGUUCGGUAAUUCAGGAGGGCCGUUGGUAAAUUUGAACGGGGAAGCUAUUGGCAUAAACGCUAUGAAAGUCACAGCGGGCAUUUCAUUUGCGAUACCCAUUGAUUACGCCAAGGAUUUUCUUAAAAAAGCAGAAAUGCGUCGUAAUAAUAAAGGCUCAGUUCUUGUAGGUAUGCAGGGUGCUGCGGAGACCGUGAAACGACGUUAUCUUGGCAUUACGAUGCUCUCCCUCACUCCUGAAAUACUCCUCGAGUUGCAACAGAGAAAUCAGAGUAUUCCACCCAGCGUGAAACACGGAGUUCUCGUCUGGAAAGUAAUGGUUGGCUCCCCCGCUUACUUCGGAGGUUUAAGGGCUGGUGAUAUUGUGUCGCACAUAAAUAAUAACCCUGUCGUCGAGGCUGAUGAUAUCUACAAAGUCUUAGCAAAUACAGGACCGGUAGUCAUGACCGUGGUGCGUAAUGGUGAAGUUCUACAUAUCAGUGUAGAGCCUGAAGAUGUUUAAAUAAAUAUAAAAAUAAUCAAUCGCAACAAUAUAUUUUAUAUUUUAAAAUGAAAAUAGACACUGAUACACGAUUGUUGUAAUUUUGUAAAGUGUGUCUGCUGUCGUAGAAUGAUAAACAUCAUCCGUGUAAUAAAGAUAUUUAUAACAAUAAAUAUAUUGAUAGUGUUACUCGAAA